AUGGACAGAAGAGUGAAUAAUACAGAGUUACCAAGGCGGAGUAAGAGCGCUGCACUCCAGGAUAAGCUGGAAGAAAUAGUCAAGCAACACCCUCACCAAGAUCAACACCACUUAGCCUCCGGCGAGGCAGCAACAGGGGCCCACCGGAGGCAGCAACAGGGGUCCACCGGAGGCAGCAACAGGGGCCCACCAGAGGCAGCAACAGGGGCCCACCGGAGGCAGCAACAGGGGCCCACAGGAGGCAGCAGCAGGGGCCCACCGGAGGCAGCAACAGGGGCCCACCGGAGGCAGCAGAAGGGGCCCACCAGAGGCAGCAACAGGGGCCCACCGGAGGCAGCAGAAGGGGCCCACCAGAGGCAGCAACAGGGGCCCACCAGAGGCAGCAACAGGGGCCCACCGGAGGCAGCAACAGGGGCCCACCGGAGGCAGCAACAGGGGCCCACCAGAAGCAGCCAGCCAAACAAAAAACAAAGUCACCGUCAUGUGUGCGAGUGCACAUCACCUGUUAACGACUACCACGCUCUCGUGAACAUAAAGUCCUUUUAUAUCGUUGAGGAAUAUUACUUGUUAAUCAGUACCUGUGAUGUUAGCCGGGUGAUUAUCUCUCGGUAUCAGGGGGCAACACCCCUGGCUAUAAUCCCACAGUAUGGCACUGAAAUGAUCAACAUGGCUUGGCACAGAAAGAGAACCUGA